CUUCAGUAUCAAAGUUUCUACGUCAAAUCACCCAGCUGAUUUCCCAUCUUACAUCAUCGAACCCCUUAUUUAUAUUGCAGGAAGGCUUUUCUCUGCAAAGAAAUCUUACAAACAUUCUGACACGUAUAUCCCGCGCUCUCCCCUUUAUACUGCUGGCUCGGGUACCCUUGGAAACCUCAAAAGUCAAAGCAACAUAAAUCUUGGACCAUUAUCUAGACUUCCGCCUCCAUUGUGAUCUCAAAGAGGCAGAAAAAUCCAGGCUUGAUAUCAGAAUUAGUAAUGGACGACUAUUCUGGUUCGGCGCUCAACACGCCAAUGAAGAAGAUACGUAAUUUGACGAUACAUAGUCCCAUGCUGACUUCGCCAAUAAGGUACCCCAGUAUGAGCGACUUUCCAAUAGACUGUGAUCCCAUAAACGAGAGCAUGGUGGAAAAGGGAUACUCUCAGACAUUGAGCAAUGCAGUUCUUAGAGAACUAGAUACCCGGGCUCAAGAAAUUUCCUCAAAUGUGACUGUGGGCUCAUCCACUAGUAAGCCCAUGCUGGUCAACCGCAAGCGAUAUUCAGGUAUCCACAAACCUCUCUUUUCAAAGAUGGAUAGCAUUACGUCGCAUUAUGCAGCCGCACGUCAAUCUGAUCCGACCACACAAGACAUCUCGUCAAGUGCCACGAAAAAAAGAAGAACUCUCAAUGGGCCUGAGGACAUUUUCCUGGCGUCUCAAGAAGAUCCCUCGCCUACUCGGCGUAAGACCCAUAUAAAAGCAGGCGCUCCAAAUGGCGAUGCUAUCGCUAAUCCAUCAAGGCCUAACCCCCGAAACCUAUCAAAUGAUGUAUUUUCCGCACGUCUUCAGCCACUAAAACUUAACGUUCCCCUCGCAGCCUCAAAUCCAAGCAAAAGCGCCCUGGUCUCUCCAACAAUUUCGUCUACCCGAUUGUUGUCUUCGCCAAUCAAAACGCCCGGGAUUUCACCCUCCAAAGGAUCGAUGAACUUGCACGGGCUUUUGCUGAACGAUACAAUCUUUGCAAAACCUGAAGGCCCUGUCCGGAUACGACAGCUGUCAUUACAAAUGGCUGGAGUGAAACCCCCUGAGGGUGGGAUUCCAUCUCUCUCAAGGAAAACCUCGAGUAGUGAGCUUCAGAGAACCCGUUUUGGCUUUGACUUGCAGAAAAAGCCAUCUGUCGAUGGUUUGAACAGACAUUAUUCAGUCAAUGGUCUACAAGCUAGCUCCUCUGUGAACUCUCUUCAAAAAAAGCCAUCUGCUGGCAACUUGCAAAAAAAACCCUCCAUUCCAAGCCUACAAAAGAAACCCUUCAUUCCAAGCCUACAGAAGAAACCCUCCAUUCCAAGCCUAGAUAAAAAGACUUCUGUCUCAAAUUUGCAAAAAAAAAAAUCAAUACCCAGCUUUAAAAAUACCCCAAAAGACUCUUAUGUUCCCUCCCAAAUAUGCAGUGGCACAUUUUCCAGCUUACUGAAGGGACAGAAACUGCCGUCUCAUUCUAAUCUUGCCCCGGACAGGCUACGCGAUACUAGUAUGCUGUGCGAAAGCUCUUCGAGACCCUCGAGUCGUAAUUUUAUGACUUCUAGUGGCCAUGCGACACCAAGCUCGUCACAAUUUCAGUCUCGUGGAACGAAGUCAAAUGUGACUAUUCCAAAACCAUUCUCGUUGUACAGCAAACCAACAAUAUCCUCCAGUCAGAAAACUUUUGGUUCUCAGAAUUCCCUAAACUCAGCCAUGAGUAACGCCUCGCUGCUGGCCAGCCAAAGAAGCUCAAACAGAUUCCAGAAAUUCAAAAGCCGAUUUUCAUAAGUACAUAGAUAUCAAAGUAUCACGACCAAAAACAGUGCAAAAUUCGGAAGCUGUAGAGCAGUGGAGACUAUAACAGGCUGAAUCUCGAACUCGAGUGAUUAAUAGAGAGAACAGAUGUAAAGCAGAAGAAGUUAUUAAAAAAUCUAUUGAGACGGCGACAAACCUAAUCGAACACACGGCGAAGCCACGAGCAUAUUAUUGACCAAAUAGCAGUAAGUCUCCAGAUUGGACUUUUCCAUUCAAAAG